AUGACCCGAUUCUGUAAACACAACCCGCCGUCAUUUGAUGGGAGAUUUGAUGUUCAAGCGGCAGAAGAGUGGAUUAAUCGCCUAGAGAAGAUCUUCAAGAUCCUGGACUGCUCAUCAGAGCGAAAAGCUCAGAUGGCGAUAUAUAAGCUAGAGAAAGAUGCUGAUCGUUGGUGGAAGAACACUGAAAUUCUUCUCGAUGCUCGAAACACGACCGUGACUUGGGAAGUGUUUCUGGAACAGUUUUACGAGAAGUACUUUCCGAGAUCAGUCCAAGAGGAGAGAGAAGCAGAAUUUCUAACUCUGAAGCAAAGGGAUGAUGAGCCUUUUGAUGAAUACUUGUCUAAGUUCAUCCGUCUCUCUCAUUAUUCAAGCUAUCUUCGAUAUAGAGACAAUAAGAGGUGGACGACAGAGAAGAUGGUUGGAGGACUGAGGCCAACAUUGAGGGAGAUGAUUGCUCCCAGACAAUUUGAGCAGCUCAAUAAAGUAGUGGAAGCUUGCCGAAUCACGGAAAGCAGCUUCAACCAUCAUCUGAUGGUCAAGACAACUCCCAGAGCAGAGAAGGGAGGUCAAGGAGGUCAAGGUGUUACCUCGUCCAACGUGAAUAAGAAGAGAAAACAACCCUGGAAUAACCGCAAGAACAAGAAGGGCAGUAAAGCACCGAAGGGCAAGGAGUGUCCUAAGUGUGGCAAGAAUCACGAUGACAGACCGUGCAUGGCUGGGUAG